AUGCACAAGACACUUGCGUCCCAUAAGAGUCCAUUGGCAUGUGAAGCAGAACUACAAAGAUGGAACAUGGUUGCUCAACAUCCAAAUCUUGACAACAUCACUCAGAUCUUUAGCUUCAACUACAAAUCUCUCACUCCUUACGCUGGACUAAAUGAUACUGCUGUGUUAUGGGGAGUGAAGUUCCGUAAGGAUCAAGAAACGUUUACGUUUGAGAAAGGAAGGGCUUUUCCUUGGAGGAUUUACUUUAAUGGAGAUAACUGUGUCAUGCCUCCUCCUGAUACUUAUCCUUUUCUUCCCAACGGUGGUUUCCGGCAACAGUUCUCAGUCUUCUCUUUCGUGCUCUUCUCUGUUCUUGUUUUCUUCUUUUCCACGUAA